GUUCAGGGGAAGUGAGCUGUGUGCACCCACCUUCCCCCGGGGCUUGUGCACAGGGGUAAGCCCCACACCCGCCCCGACUCCAGGCCACCAGAGUGGCCGAGUGCAUCUCCUGCCCCACAUUUAAAUCCUCUGCCCUUCCCAGGACGAUUUGAAAUCCCUCUUCCCCCUUCCCCAUGCGUUGGCUGCCGGGGGUAACCGCUUCGCUGCCUCCUCCUGGCACCGCACGGUGGCUGGUUGCUGGAGUCGCUGACUCUGCUUCCGGAAUGCCGGUGGCCCAGUGCCCGGGGCUGCCCUGGCCUGUUUCCCCGCACGCUGAGGUCCCGGAAUCCUGCACACACUUAGGCGUACAGCCCGAGUGCCUCUCCCUGUAGGGCUCCCCGCUGCGGCCGGGCCACAGCUUCCUGCGGGACGGCACCUCGCUGGGCAUGCUGCGGGAGCUGAUGGUCGUCAUCCGCAUCUGGGGCCUGCUGAAGCCCAGCUGCCUGCCCGUGUACACGGCCACCUCAGACACCCAGGACAGCAUGUCGCUGCUCUUCCGCCUGCUCACCAAGCUCUGGAUCUGCUGCCGUGACGAGGGCCCCACGAGCGAGCCGGAUGAGGCCCUUGUGGAUGAGUGUUGCCUGCUGCCCAGCCAGCUGCUCAUCCCCAGCCUGGACUGGCUGCCCGUCAGCGACGGCCUGGUCAGCCGCCUGCAGCCCAAGCAGCCUCUGCGCCUGCACUUCGGCAGGGCCCCCACGCUGCCCGCCAGCGCCAGCACCCUGCAGCUGGACGGCCUUGUCAGGUGCGUGCCGCCUCUGCCCCGCGGCCUCCGCCUGCGCCGGGCCAGCCGCUGCUCUCUGGCCUUGAUCGUGACGCUGGCCCCGGGAGACAUCCUCGCUCGGCCGGUGAUGGCCCUGCCGCCUAUCCAUGCCUGCACUUGGGCAUCUGUGUGCGUCACCGUUCCUCCAGUCUCCCCCUGCGUGGAGUGUCGCGUGGCCGGUGUCUGA